CAAUGGUUACAAUUGGAGAUAAAAAGGCACCCUCUCGGUGUACACGUCAAAAAAGACAGCUGCAUGUAAGUCUAACUCUUUCCAACAGGAGCCAAGCUUAGAGUCAAGUUUGGAUUCUGCACAGUGGCUCAAUGCAGGGACCCCAGAGGUAUUUUACAGAGCGACAUGCUUGGAAUCAAUGAACAGGACUCGUGUGGAUGACUUUUUUAUUGAUGAUUCUGAAGAAGAGAGGUCAGAUGAUGACCUCAUGGCAGUUCCUUAUGAAAAUGACAGUCCUCCAUCAGAAGAAGUGGAUCUUGCCACUAUUUUGAGGACUUUUCACGAGGAUCACAUUUCUGGCAAUCUGGUAUCCACCAUUUGUAUCAGAAGGAGUAAGCUUCUGGAGAGUGCCAUUAAAGCAAUCUCCAGAGUGACUUUCUGUUGGACCCAGUCACCACACAUAGAGUUUGUAGGAGAAGAUGCAGAUGAUAUGGGGGGACCACAGCGGGAGUUUUUCAGACUCCUGAUGAUAGAGGUACAGACCUCCCUUGGAAUUUUUGAAGGAAAGACUGCCCAGGUCUUUCUGAGUUAUGACCAAACAGCUCUAGACCAGCAAAAAUAUUUGAAAGGUGGCAACCUUAUCGCUUGGUCAAUUGCUCAUGGUGGUCCAUGCAUUAAGGCCCUGGAUCCUUGCCUCUUCCAGUUGAUGUGCGGCCAGGAGCCAACACUGGAGCAGUUUGACUGGCAUGUGCUGCCUGACCCAGAUGUGCAAAGCAAAGUCAAAAGGAUUGAACAGUGCAAGACAAAUGAGGACCUGAUAGCACUCCAACGUGACUUGGGGGACUGGAUUUCUGAGUGUGGCAUCCCAGGAAUAUUUAGUGCCAAAGUUGAAGACAUGCCAAAAAUCUAUGCAUAUGUUGUCAAGCAUUACAUCUAUCUCAGAACAGCCAAGAUGAUACACCAGUUCACAGAGGGAAUGAAUGCAUACGGAAAGUUGUGGGACCUUGUCAAGAAAAACUGGAUCGCUUUCUUGCCCCUGUUCACCAACAUGCAGGAACCUCUGUCAAAGGCAGCCUUCAAAGCCAUCCUCACUUAUAAUUACAGUGACAGAGGAACCAAUAAUCGGCAGACAGAGGAGGACACCAUCUACAGCUGGGAAAUGGUUUUGAAUAUGAUUGAGGACAAAAUGGUUGAAAUCAGAUUUGAAGACCUUCUCGUCUUCAUCACUGGGGCAGAUGAAGUUCCUGUCCUGGGUUUCCGCGACAACAUCUGUGUCGAUUUUUAUGACCAGGCGGAGGGCAUGCGACGUUUGCCCUACGCGUCUACCUGCAUGUUGUGUUUGUACCUGCCGAGAGGAGUUACAGAGGAGAACGACCUGCAGCAGAUGCUCUCCCAGGCAAUAGGCGACUCCUUGGGCUUUGGAAAGGUGUAGAGGUAUGAAGAGGAGCAACCCAACAUCCCCGCGAUGGCUCUCACUGUAAAGCCAUGAGUGAGGAGCAGUUCAAUUUGAUCCCUUGUAAUGUCAAGUGCUGGUCUCCCUCGUCUACCUAAAGUAUGGAAAUAAAAGGAUUAAGGAAUUCAA